AUGCCGCCGCACCCCCCGCCGUGCUCCUCUAAUCCAGCGCCGUCUAUGGACGCCAACGACAAGGACCUGGUGUCAUCAUCCUUGGUGCUAGCCCCCGAUGAUGACAACAUCGAUUGGGACCUAUUAAUGGUGGAGGCAGAGGAGGAGGAUGAGAAGGAGAAAGCGAUUGCCUAUGACGAGGAGGUGGAGAUGGGUGGCGACUCCGACACCAACGACGGCGAGGAGGAAGAGUUGAUGGGCGGCGACUCCGACAUCGACGACGAGGAGGGGGAGGUGAUGGGCGGUGAUUCCGACAUGACUGACGAGGAGGAGGAGGAUGAGGAGAUGGGCAGUGACUCCGAUGUGACUGACAAGGACAGGAGGAGGAGGAGGACGAGGAUGAGGAGAUGUGUGACUCUGACAUGA